AUGGUCCACCCUGAAGCCCAGCCCAUCAGCCAACUCCCCACCCACCUACACUACCUAUCACAAUGCGUCGCCCUCGCCGCAUACUCCCCUCCCAAGCCAACUAAUUUCCGCGUUGGCGCCAUACUUCUUCUCAGGCGUUAUUCUUCAGCAGACACAGAUACGCCCGAUCAACUGACCAGAUCUGAAGAUAAAGUUCUUUCCACCGGCUACACGCUCGAACUUCCCGGCAACACCCACGCCGAGCAAUGUUGUCUGUCCAAAUACGCUUCUCGCCACGACAUCUCGGAGGACAAUAUCGGUGAAGCACUGCAGCAGGAGCGCGGGAAUGACUCCAAUGCGAAAAUCGUUAUGUAUGUCACCAUGGAGCCGUGUGGUCAUAGGCUAUCGGGCAACAAGCCGUGCGCUGUGAGAAUCGUUGAGACACGAAAAGACGGCCUUGCGGGCAUCGACAGGAUCUAUUUUGGAGUUAAGGAGCCAGGGACGUUUGUCGGAGAGUCUCAGGGCUGUAAAAUGCUAGAUGCGGCGGGCGUUGGGUGGGAGCUUGUAGAGGGGAUGGAAGAGCAGAUCCUGGAAGUUGCAAAAGCAGGCCACGAACCAAGAGAAGAAGAGACGAAUGUGGAUGAUAUUUCUCCUGAAGAAAGGAAACGACAAGAAGAACUUCCGAGAAACCCCAAGAAGAGAAUGAUGGAAGUCUAA